AGUCACUGCCAAGCGUCUGGUGCCAUGGCGGGGAUGACGGGGAUGACUUUGAUGCUUCGCUUCCUGCUGCUGUCUCUUUUUCAAAAUGCCUCAGCGGUGGGUGGACCUGGCGAAAUCAAGGCGGCCACCCAGGAGACGCAGAAGCUCCUGGCACCGCUGAGGACAAAGGUUUGUCACCAGGCGCAAGAGGCCGGCUAUACCUCCGAAUUCACAAAGUUUGCGGCGAUUUCCGAAAGACUGCAGGUGGUGGCUGGCAGAAAUCACUUCGUAAAGGUGCAGGUUGCUCCUGAAAGCUAUAUUCACGUGCGAAUUUUUGAGUCGUUGCCUCACAUGAAGAAAGAUCCAGAACUCGUGGCGAUCGAGCUGGAUCACACCUACGACAGUGCGAUCGAUAUUUUUCCGGCAGCAAAGGAGCUCUGAGGAUCCACAUGACAGGAGCUGGUGGCAGUGGGAUUUUUCGAGCGGUUCGCGUGAGCUGAGCUGCUUAUUCUGCCAAAUUGUGAUACGAGAGUGAAGUUCAUACAGGGAAGCUCGGCCAGCGAUCAUUCCACUGGAAUGAAGAAACGACUUUCAGAGAGAAAAGCUCCUGAAGUCCUUCGAUUCAAUGCAGUUCUCAGAGUCUGUGUGACAAAGAAACAUCGAAGACCAAA